UAACUGGUUUUGUGCAACUGUUGGCCAGUCAGCUAGCUUCUCUGUGCCUUGGUGGAGUCAUUCAUUGAUUCAGUAAGGAUGUAUUGUUUUGUUCUAAGCGAACAAAACAGUCCUUGCUAAAAUUGUAGUUGGGGUGAUGAAGAGAACAGUGAGGGUACCUGACAGUACAGUUAACUACCAUUCAAAGACAUAAAUGUUGAUGAAGGUGUAAAGGUCUAUAUAGAACGUUGCUGUUGUCAAUCAUCAUCGAGUCGAUUUCGACUUAUAGUGACCCCAUGUAUGCAAAGUAGAGACCCUGGUGGCGUAGUGGUUAAGUGCUAGGGCUGCUGACCAAAAGGUUGGCAGUUCGAAUGCACCAGGCAUUCCUUGGAAACUCUAUGGGGCAGUUCUACUGUGUCCUAUAGGGUCGCUAUGAGUCGGAAUCAACUGGACGGCAACUGCUCCGUAGGAUUUUCAAGGCUGUGACCUCUCAGGAGGAGAUCACCAGGCCUGUCUAUCAUGGUGCCUCCGAGUGGGUUUGAAUUGCCAGCCGUUAGGCCAGUAGGGGACAGUUAAACAUUUGUGCCACCCAGGAACUCUUCUAAAGGUACUACAGAUAAUAUAAACAAAUAAGUCUGGUUGUGUUCCAAUACAGCUUUAUUUUUAUUUAUGUAUUGUUUGUUUUAUUGUAUUUUAGAUGAAGGUUAACAGAACAAACUAAUGGCUCAUCAUACAGUUAGUACACACAUUGUUGUAUGACAUUGGUUAACAACCCCAUGACAUGUCAACACUCUCCUUUCUCAACUCUGUUGUUGUUUUUGUUGUUAGGUGCCGUCGAGUCGGUUCCGACUCAUAGCGACCCUAUGCACAACAGAACAAAACACUGCCCAGUCCUGAGCCAUCCUUAUAAUCGUUGUUAUGCAUGAGCUCAUUGUUGCAGCCACUGUGUCAGUCCACCUUGUUGAGGGUCUUUCUCUUUUCCGCUGACCCUGUACUUUGCCAAGGAUGAUGUCCUUCUCCAGGGACUGAUCCCUCCUGACAACAUCUCCAAAGUAUGUAAGAAGACACAGUCUCCAUCCUUGCUUCUAAGGAGCAUUCUGGUUGUACUUCUUCCAAGACAGCAUCAUGGAUACUGACUUGUAUGAUGAGUUUGGGAAUUACAUUGGACCAGAGCUUGAUUCUGAUGAAGAUGAUGAUGAAUUGGGCAGAGAAGCCAAAGAUCUUGAUGAGAUGGAUGAUGAGGAGGAGGAGGACGACAUAGGAGAGCAUGAUGACGACCACCCUGGGAUGGAGGUGGUGCUACAUGAGGACAAGAAGUACUACCCCACAGCCGAGGAGGUGUACGGUCCUGAGGUGGAGACCAUAGUCCAAGAGGAAGACACCCAGCCUCUCACAGAACCCAUUAUUAAGCCAGUGAAAACCAAGAAAUUCACUCUGAUGGAGCAGACGUUACCUGUCACGGUGUAUGAAAUGGAUUUCUUGGCAGAUCUGAUGGACAACUCGGAGCUCAUCAGAAAUGUGACCCUUUGUGGCCAUCUCCACCAUGGCAAGACUUGUUUUGUAGAUUGUUUAAUAGAACAGACUCACCCAGAAAUCAGAAAACGCUAUGACCAAGAUCUGUGCUACACUGACAUCCUCUUUACUGAGCAAGAGAGAGGCGUCGGCAUCAAAAGCACUCCUGUGACGGUGGUCCUGCCAGAUACCAAAGGAAAAUCUUACCUCUUCAAUAUCAUGGACACUCCAGGACAUGUGAAUUUUUCUGAUGAGGUUACGGCUGGCUUGCGCAUCUCGGAUGGAGUGGUUCUUUUCAUCGAUGCUGCUGAGGGGGUGAUGUUGAACACCGAGCGGCUGAUCAAGCACGCUGUGCAGGAGAGGCUGGCGGUCACUGUGUGCAUCAACAAGAUUGACCGACUCAUCCUGGAGCUCAAGCUGCCUCCAACUGAUGCUUACUACAAGCUGCGCCACAUUGUAGAUGAGGUCAAUGGGCUAAUAAGCAUGUAUUCCACUGAUGAGAACCUGAUCUUGUCCCCGCUCCUGGGCAACGUCUGCUUCUCCAGCUCCCAGUACAGCAUCUGCUUCACGUUGGGCUCCUUUGCCAAGAUCUAUGCUGACACCUUUGGUGACAUUAAUUACCAGGAAUUUGCUAAAAGACUCUGGGGUGACAUCUACUUCAACCCCAAGACGAGAAAGUUCACAAAAAAGGCCCCGACUAGCAGCUCCCAGAGGAGCUUCGUAGAGUUUAUCUUGGAGCCCCUUUAUAAGAUCCUCGCUCAGGUGGUGGGUGAUGUGGACACCAGCCUCCCAAGGACCCUGGAUGAACUUGGCAUCCACCUGACCAAGGAGGAGCUGAAACUAAACAUUCGCCCUCUGCUGAGACUGGUCUGCAAAAAGUUCUUCGGCGAGUUCACAGGCUUCGUGGACAUGUGUGUACAGCAUAUUCCCUCUCCAAAGGUGGGCGCCAAAUCCAAGAUCGAGCACACCUACACUGGCGGCGUAGACUCCGACCUCGGCGAGGCCAUGAGCGACUGUGACCCUGAUGGUCCCCUGAUGUGCCACACUACCAAGAUGUAUAGCACAGAUGAUGGAGUUCAAUUUCACGCCUUUGGCCGAGUGCUGAGUGGCACUAUCCAUGCUGGGCAGCCUGUGAAGGUCCUGGGGGAGAACUACACCCUGGAGGAUGAGGAAGAUUCCCAGAUAUGCACCGUGGGCCGACUUUGGAUCUCUGUGGCCAGGUACCAUAUUGAGGUGAACCGUGUUCCUGCUGGCAACUGGGUUCUGAUUGAAGGUGUCGAUCAACCAAUUGUGAAGACAGCGACCAUCACUGAACCCCGAGGCAAUGAGGAGGCUCAGAUUUUCCGCCCCUUGAAGUUCAACACCACAUCUGUGAUCAAGAUUGCUGUGGAGCCAGUCAACCCCUCAGAGCUGCCGAAGAUGCUCGACGGCCUGCGCAAAGUCAACAAGAGCUACCCAUCCCUCACCACCAAGGUGGAAGAGUCCGGUGAGCAUGUGAUCCUGGGCACCGGGGAGCUCUACCUGGACUGUGUGAUGCAUGAUUUGCGGAAGAUGUACUCAGAGAUAGACAUCAAGGUGGCUGACCCAGUUGUCACAUUUUGUGAGACGGUGGUGGAAACGUCCUCCCUCAAGUGCUUUGCUGAAACUCCCAAUAAGAAGAACAAGAUCACCAUGAUUGCUGAGCCUCUUGAGAAGGGCCUUGCGGAGGACAUAGAAAACGAGGUGGUCCAGAUCACGUGGAACAGGAAGAAGUUGGGAGAGUUCUUCCAGACCAAGUAUGAUUGGGAUCUGCUGGCUGCCCGUUCCAUCUGGGCCUUUGGGCCUGAUGCCACGGGUCCCAACAUCCUGGUAGAUGAUACCCUGCCCUCUGAGGUGGACAAGGCUCUUCUCGGCUCAGUGAAGGACAGCAUCGUCCAAGGUUUUCAGUGGGGAACCAGGGAGGGGCCCCUCUGUGAUGAGUUGAUUCGAAACGUCAAGUUUAAGAUCCUGGACGCAGUGGUGGCCCAGGAGCCCCUGCACCGGGGUGGGGGCCAGAUCAUCCCCACAGCCAGGAGAGUCGUCUAUUCAGCCUUCCUUAUGGCCACGCCUCGUCUGAUGGAGCCUUACUACUUUGUUGAGGUACAGGCCCCUGCAGAUUGUGUCUCUGCUGUUUAUACUGUCCUGGCCAGGCGCAGGGGGCACGUGACUCAGGAUGCACCCAUCCCAGGCUCCCCUCUCUACACCAUCAAAGCUUUCAUCCCAGCCAUCGACUCUUUUGGCUUUGAAACUGAUCUGCGGACUCAUACCCAGGGACAGGCCUUUUCCCUGUCUGUCUUCCACCAUUGGCAGAUUGUACCUGGUGAUCCCCUGGACAAGAGCAUUGUCAUCCGCCCCCUGGAGCCACAGCCAGCCCCUCAUCUGGCCCGAGAAUUCAUGAUCAAAACCCGUCGUAGGAAGGGCCUGAGUGAAGAUGUGAGCAUCAGCAAGUUCUUCGAUGAUCCUAUGUUGCUGGAGCUUGCCAAGCAGGAUGUUGUGCUCAAUUACCCCAUGUGAGUGCAGGUACACCUGGCAGCCCCUGCUCCCUGCAGUGGGCUGCAGCUCCUGGACUUGAAGCUGGGACCCGACCGACUGCUUGGACUUGAUGUUGUCAGAGAGCAUCUGGGAGCUGCUGUUGCCUUUUUAACACCCCAAGAACCUCCAGCCCAGCGUCCCAGUGAGGGAGGAGCAUUUGGCCUUCUGGUUUCUUCCAUGGCCUCUGCCUGGCUCCAUUCCCAGGGAACAGAGAGGAGCUUGGGCUCAGGGAAGGAGAAGGGGAUGAAAGUGUUUAACUCCAAGAGGCCCUGUCUUCAGGAUUUACGUGGAAUUUUAUUUUUUACCAGUUUGACCUUAGAAAAACUUUCUAAGUGAACAGAACAUUCUGA